AUGUCUCUGUCGGACCUGUUCAACAUCUCACAAACUGUCCGUCGAGACAAGGCGCGGGAGCAGGACCUCCUUCCAGUUCCAACUUCAAGCAGAGCCGCAUCAGCUCGACUUUGUAACAUCUGCUACGCACAACCCGCAACGUACAACUGUCCGAGAUGCAACGUUCCGUUCUGCUCGCUGAUCUGCUUCCGCAGACGCGAGCAUCAAGACUGCUCGGCUGCCUUCUCUUCGUCUGCUAUCAGCCUUGCUGUCGGUUCCCCUGAGCUCUUGGCAGAGGAUGGCGACCGGCAAAAGGUUGUCGGCAUCCUGGAUCGUCUCGAGAAGGAUGCAAGAGCGACGCGACAGAGACAAGAGGAUACACAAGAGGAAGAAGAAAGCGACGAUGACGAGGACAUUGACCAGGCUGCUGGUCUAAGAGCCAACAUCACGGCUGACCAAAUCGAAUCUGCUUCGUCUGAGGCUCUCCUUGCGAUGCUCACUCCCAAGGAAAAGCAGAAGUUCUUGGAGGCCAUCAAGGAUCCACAAACUGCAUCUCAACUCAUGCAGCGACUGGAAAGGAAGGCCGAUCGUCUGGCGCCAGUGGAGACUUCAGCCACGAAGCAAGGUGUCCUGAUAGCCGCACAGUCGCCUCCCGAUCGCGCUCCAACCCAGCCUGCUCCCAAGAGGGCAUGGCAGUCCACUCCAUGGUUUGAGACUUCAGAUGCCUGUCCCGACUUUUCCAGUCGAGACCCGGACGAGGUAUUUGCGUUCAGCGCAUCGCUCGAGAAGAUUUUGCGAGGGCAAAGCGCGGCCUCGACGAGGAGCGGAGGUCCUGCCCCCGUCAACCUGGUCUACAACCUUUAUGCUGUGCUCAUGGCAUAUGCGUAUACGCUCCGACAUCUAGACAUCGCAAGCCUGUCGGGCCUGACAAAGCCCCUCGCAUCCAGCAAACCAGCUUCGGCGCUUUUGUCUGCAUCAGCGCCGACUCCGGACUCGACAUGUCUGGUCCGAUCUCUUCUCGAGUCACUGCAAGAAAACAACGAUGAUGACGAGCCACCGCCGCUCGAGCCAGAUGAUCCGGUUGACGAACCAGCCUCACUGCCGACCUCGUCGCAUGUCGACUUGGUACCUGUUUCAGCCUCGAAAACUCGAGUGGACGCCGACGCGUCUCUGGCCGCCACAGCCCUGGAAAAGCUGGUUCACUUGGUCCCAUUCCUUCCAUCCCAGCCCAUCCAACGCAAAGAGCACUCACAGCAUGUGCCAGCCGGUAGGGAUCCUAGCAAACUGGCUUUCACGUCGCUGGAUGAUGCAUCCAUGUGGCUGCUUUCACGGCUCUCGUUGGACGCAGAAGUUGGCCCAGGCGGUGCCGACGCUAUUAAUCUGCAGCUGUUGCAAGAUCUCAGUCAACUCCUUGCACGCGAACAGCUUCUACCAACUUUCGCUCACCAAGACGACGUCGAGCCACGGUUCCUCAUAGUAGCCAAGCUUUGCUCUCUGCCCUGCCAACAGGCAUUCAUCGCCGCCCAGAUGCCGUCGCUGACCAAUGCGAUCGCAGAUCUGCAUUUUUUCCUCGAGGACCUUGCAGCGCAUGCAUCCUCUCACGACCCGCUCCUAACGUGGUCGAGCAAAUCCUUGAGACUGGCGCAGCGAAAGCUCUGCUUCUACUUCUGCAGUUCGAUCCUUAGCGAUCAGGCAGCGACGACUAGAACCAGCUCAAAUAUCCGUGAAGAAGCGCUUGUGCAUGAAGAGAGAUUGCGUCGACGAAUCGAGGUGAAGGACCAGGCAGAUAAGCUGGCUUCGGCCAUAAGCAAGCUUCAAUAG